GACUUCCACCGCUCCAGCGCGCCCAGCGAGGACAUUUGGAAGAAGUUCGAACUGCUGCCCAGCCCCCCCGCCUCGCCCCUGCCUGGCCCCGCCGAGGAUGCGGGCGCCGACGGCCCGCUGGAGCCCGCCGCGGGGCUGCUGGGCAACCUGAGCGCCUUCGUCCUCCGCGACUGCAUGUGGAGCGGCUUCUCGGCCCGCGAGCGCCUGGAGAAAGCCAUGGGCGAAAAGCUGGCGGCCAAGCCCGCGCCGGCCUUGGCGCCGGCGCACGAUUUCGCCGGGUUGGGCGGCGAGUGCGUGGCUCCGGGCGCCGUCUUCGCUUGGCCCGGCGGGAGCGGGGCGGCGGCGACGGCCGCAGACGCCAAGAUCCCGGUCUCGUCCGGCUCCGAGAGCCAGAGUGACUCCGAAGGAGAAGAAAUCGAUGUGGUGACCGUGGAAAAGAGGCAGGCUUUGGGGACAAGGAAGCCAGUCACCAUCACAGUGCGGGAUGACCCCCUGGAUCCCUGCACAAAGCACUUCCACAUCGCCAUCCAUCAACAACAGCACAACUAUGCUGCCCGCUCCCCACCUGAGGCUCAUUCCAUCGAGGGGCCUCUGGAGAAGGGCAGCCCUGAUGCUGGGGACAAUGAGCCCCGGUUGCCAGGGCAAGGAGGGGCAGAGAGUUUCCCUCCUGCGGAUUCCCUCCCCAAGGCUGGGAGCGCUCCUGGCUCGGACAGUGAGGAUGUGACCAAGAGGAAAAACCACAACUACUUGGAGCGCAAGAGGCGGAAUGACCUUCGUUCGCGUUUUCUGGCACUGAGGGACCAGCUGCCCGGACUCGCAUCUCACCCCAAAACCCCCAAAGUGGUGGUCCUGAGCAAAGCCUCCGAGUACCUGCAGCUGCUUCUUAGCACUGAGCAGCAAAUGCUGGCUGAGAAGAAGCUGCUGAAACUGCACCAGCUUCAGCUACGGAAACAGAUUUCACACCUGCAGGGCACCCAGUAG